AUGGAUCCUUCUUCUCAAAUGACUUGCGUUCUAAGGCUGGAUACUGAGACUAGUGGAUGGGACAAAUCUAUGCAUAAGCUGUUUAAGGGCGUUCAAGAUGUGACAUACACAAUCGAUGCAACAAGAGGAUUAGUUUAUCUAUCAGGAAGAGCCAGACCUGAGAUUGUUCUAAGGAUUCGUAAAGCAAAGAAACAUGCAAAGUUAAUCCACAUGGAUUACGGUCACGUUAUUCCUCCUCCCUACAAUCCUCCUAAUCCUUACGAAGCCGUACCUAUCACAUACAAUUACCAAAAUACAUGGCCACCGUCGCCGUAUCAGUCGCCGAUGUACCAGCCGACGGCGCCGCCGUCUCCUAUGACGCAGUAUAUGUACUACCGCCAAGACCCAAAUAUCCAACAACCUCAUCCUAUGGCGUUUCCGUAUAACUAUUAUCCGUACUACGUACCGGAGGUGCUUCAAUAUCCACCGCCGUAUAUACCGACGCGAGAAGGCGUCACCGGCGAGCAGCAGUGUCGUAUCUUGUGA